AUGAAAAAUAAAAGGUCAAUAAUCUAAGAAUAACAACCAGAUCAUGAAUAAAUACGUAAAUAGAAUGAAUAAAAUCUAUAACCAGCUGUAUAAGUAUAUAGAAUGUAUACUCAAUUACAUACAGUAGCUUAAGCAGAAUAAGUUGCUGAUUCUUUAUCAUCAAUAGAUUUUAUACAGAAAUAAUGUGAAAAGAAUAUGAAGGUUCGAGAAUUUGCAAUGUACGCAGCAUAAUUUUUUAAAUAUGAAUAUUACAAUUUGGGUUAACCCAUUAUGAAUUAAGGAGAUUAUGGAGAUAGAUUUUAUUUAUUAUUAAAUGGGGAGGUUGGAGUAUAUAUUAAAAGAUCAAAUGAAGAUAUUUAACUUGAUUUAGACUUUAUAACUAAGCAAGUUAGUGAAACAAAUAUUGGUUAAAGUAAUGUAUAGAACAAAAGAAAAACUCUAAUUUUGACUUAACAAAAUAAAUAUGAUUUAGCAUUAAGAAUGUUAUAGGAUAAUAAUAUGUAUUUUAAUUAAGGAGUUCCUUUAUUUAAGAAAGUAUAUUAAUAUUAUUCAGGUCAAUGUUUUGGUGAUCAAGCGUUAAUUCACGAUUAACCUAGAUCAGCAAGUAUUAUAGUAGUAUCUGAGGAGGCUCAUUUAAUUUCGAUGAAUAAACAUGAUUAUAGAUUAGUUUGUGAGAAAUAGAUUUAAGAAUAGAAUUCAAACGUAGAUUAUUUUAUGAGAUUAUUUAAUGGAGCAAGUAAAUUUACUGUGACUAAAUUUAUAUAAAAUUUAAGGACAAUAUAAUUUUCAGCAUAAUAAAUUUUAUGGAAAGAAGGUGAUGAACCUAAAUUUUAUUUUCUAAUUUUAAAGGGGAGAGUUUAAUUGUAUAAACAUAUUUCUGAAGAAUUAUUAAGUUAAUCAGCAACAAGAAAGAAGAAGAAGAUAGUUUUAAGUCAAUUAUCAGAUAAUUCAUUUGUUGGAUAAGAAGAAAUAAUUGAAUCUCUACCAUAUCGUUUGUAUUCUUGUUAAGUAUUAGAUAAUACAAAUGCUUAUUUUAUGGAAGCUAAUGAAUUCAAUAAUUUAAAAAAGAACUUUCCAGAUAUUGUUAAAUUACUUAAAGACAAGAGUUCUUUAAUUUCUGAAUAUAUGAAUAAUAGAUAGAAUAAUAUUAUUUCAAUAUUGACAUAACAUGAAAGUUCAUAAUAGGAAUAACCAUAAUUGAUGAUAACUGAAAGAAAAACUGUAUAAGAGAUAUUUAAAGAUCCACUUGAUAGACCAGAUAAAAAUGAUAUACGUUCAUAGAAACCUAGAAUACUUCUUUAAACUGAAAUUGCUCAUCAAAAUAUGUUAUAUCAUUAAAAAAAAUUACCAACUGAUGCCAAGACUAAAUUUUUGAUGGUUGACACAAAUCUUAUAGAAUAAAUUAGAGAUAGAGUUUCUAGAAAAGUAUGGACUGGUGCUGAAAAGAAAUUAAGAGUUAAGACUACUCAAUUAGAAGACAAUUAAAUAUUAAUUAGUAGAGUUUAGAGUGCAAUAGGUACAAGACAAAAGAAAAUGUAAAAGUUUGAAUCUUUAGAAACUGUACUCUAAAUUACAUCUUCAGAACCUUAUUUAACUUCUCCUACUUUUGUAACUUCUACUACUAAUACUAUUCCCCUUAUUUAGAGAUCAUGGAAUCCUUAAAGUAGAUAAUUAAAAGCUAAAUUACGAAAGACAUACAGUUGUGCUAAUAGUCGAAAUACCCUUUAAACUAGAUAAACUGAAAAUGAAGAUAUAUUCUCCCAAUUCAAACCUCCAUAAAGAAUUCACACUGCAAAAUCUACUAAUAGAAAAAUGUAAUAUAACUAUUAUUUAUUAUUUAAGUUGUUCUGCUUUUGGAUAUCGCAAAAAGAGUGAUUAACUUUUAAAUUUUAUUUGA